AUGGCAAUCACUCAGUUUGCACGAGACGACGUCCAAACAGGCGCCAAGACCCUAAGUCAAGCAAUCGCGGCUGCGGUCCGCUUGGGCAUGCACAAGCGUGACUUCGCCGUUACAUAUGGCAAAAGUUGUGCGAUGGUGCAAGAAAGUCUCCGCAGGACCUGGCACGAGCUAUUCAUCACUGAAAGCUACGCGGCGGCACUUCAACGGAAACUGACCCUCGAGACAACAAGCACACAAGCGGACGUCCUCCUUCCCAGUGACGAGGAUGCUUACGAGCAAGCAACCAUCCCGCCCUGUCCACCAUCGUGGGCCGACUUUGAGGACCAGAUCCUCGCCGACACAGAUACUGUCUUCUCCUCCUUCUCUUAUAGAAUUAAGGCUGCUCACAUCCUCGGGCAAGUCCUGUCCAUCACCGGACCUCAGGGUGUCCAUCGGGACGAGGUGCAGAUGGUAGACAAUGCCCUGGCCUCGUGGUCACUACAUCUGCCCCCUGCAAAGGCCGAGGCAGAGAUCAUCAACACGUACGGCGGAUUCGACAUCAUCAUGUUCCAGGCACACGUCAUGAUAAGCUAUGCAACGAUGUUGCUCCAUUUCCCCAGAGGAGCGCUUCGCUCUCCGACACUCAAUGCCCCUAAUAUUCCUGACGGCCAGGGCAUGAAAGCUUUCUGCCCCUGCAACCGCGAAAAUGUGCAUUCGGUCAAGGCCGUGGAGGCAUCGAAGCACCUAACGAUGCUCGCUGCGCUCAGGUCACCCGCUUCGAUACACAGCCCGUUCUACGUCUAUCCCCUGGCCCUCGGUGCCCUGGUGCAACUUGCGGUCUGCACGACUCAUCUGCGAGGCUCCGACGUCUGUCUGAAGCAGCACCGCGCUCGCGUGAUACUCAUCUUGGGGCUGCUCAAGUCGUUGAGCCAGCAUUGGCCGACGGCCGACACGGUCCACCGUGCGCUCAGGCGGACGGCGUCUGCGGUCUUGAAUUCUCCCGGCGAUGAUGAUCAUAUGGGGCAUGCGCCUGCGAACAGCGAUGAGCACGAGGCAGACGCGCUGGCCGCGGCUGCUAGUGUCUGGCUGGACGGCAUCGACUUUUUCGACUUGCAAGAGGUUUCUGGUCUUGAUCCCAAUGCCCUUUGUCUGUAA